GCUAACCUCCACCUCCGCCUCCGCACAGGCGGGACUGAACCUGUCGCAGCCGCGGCCCGGAGGUUACGGCUCGGGACGUGCGGGAUGUUUGAAUUAUUCCGGCUGCGCCGCUUCCUGCUUCGCUGCGUGCUCGUCAUUCGCUCUACAGCUCAACGUGUCGGCUCCUGACUCGGACGCGCUGAAUGAGUUGCUCUAUUUCCGUUUGUCUGGCCCACCUCUUCGCAUUCCUCUCCGCUUUGCAAUAAAGCCGCUCCGGCUUAAUGACGCCUCAUAGCGCCGCUUAUCGCUGCUGCCGAAGGAGCCUCGCGUCGCUUCUGGAAACCUGAGGGUUUUGAAGGAAAUCAAAAUGUCAAGGAGUUAGAGUUCAACCGGGAUGCUCGGGUUUCAUCCCCUCCAAAGUGCAAUGAUCCCGAGACAGUUAUACAGAGUUACAUGUAAAGGAUAAGGUUGUCCAACAAAGGCCGUUUAUUUCUAGAGGGAAGGGCAGGUACACGUCUUCAGUUAGCAAAAUGCCUGUGGAGACUCUUCAGCCAGUGAGGCAGCCAGGGAGGAUCGCUGUAGCUGUCGCCCCCCCUCGCCUGCGACUCAGAGGGCCGCUGGGGCCUGACCUCUACCGGCAUUCUCCCACAGCGCAGGGCAGACCGAAGCAGAGCGCAGUGGAGCGGCUGGAGGCCGACAAGGCUAAAUAUGUCAAGAGUCAGCUGGCUCUUUCUAAGCAGCAGCCAGUCAGGCCUGCUGAGCUGUGGAAGCCCUUCGUAAACCCUGGCACCCCCAUCCAGACCACCAGGAAGACCCCCGCCCACGGUAAACCAAAGCAGGACGGCGUCCAGCUGGACCUGGAGCACCUGAGUAACCUCAUCAGCGGCGUGACUGACGGAGCCCAGGCCGGCGCCGCUGUCGGCUCAGACAGCAGCAGAGCGCCUAAGGGUGUGGGCGCCGCGCCGAGCUGUCCUCACCCCCCGACUGCAGGGCCACAGCACCAAAAGGAGAAGCCGCAACCACCUCCCCGUCCGGACUGGGCCAGUCCAGCCAAGGUGAGGCUAAAGGCCUCAGGAACUGCCAGGGGGGAGGGCCCCGGCUCGCCUGGCUCUCCAGGGGGUCCUGGGGGUCCUGCUGCAGGGACCGUACGCAGAGUGGACGUCAUGCCCCAGGCCGGCCCUGUGAGGACCCCCUGUAGACCGCCUCUGUUCAUCCGCCAGCCGCUGCAGCCCACGCCUUUGCUUUCCAAGUUCCCACUGCGCACGGCGAUUUCUCAACAGCGCCUUUUCCAAACGCCACUCAGAACAGUUUCCUCUCCCCUGAAACCGGUUGUAGCCUCAUCCAAGCCUGACAACACCCCCUCCUCUCCAGCAGGGACCCCUGACUCUGCCCCACCUCACCCCCGCCUCCCUGAUUUCCCCCCACCCUCCCCCGCCAUAACCCGUCUGUCCACUUCCAGCUCCAGGAAGCGCCCGUCUCUGACCCGUUCUAAGUCGGACAUGAGCGACCGGUUCUCCAGAGCCGGGACGGAGCUGGAGCGCUUCUUCAACCUGUGCGGCGUGGAUCCCGCAGAGCUGCCGGAGCUGACUGGAUCCAGCUCGGACAUCGUGUCCCUCGCCCGUUUUCGCAGCGUCAGCGCCCCGGGGUCAGAGUGCGCAGGCUCUGGCAAUGAAGAUGAUGAAGAUGAUGAUGAAGGGGACGCUGGCAAGAGUGCGGAGCGCGUUCCCUACGGCGUUUCUGUCAUCGAGAGAAACGCCAGAGUGAUCAAAUGGCUGUACGGCCUCCGUCAGGCCAAGGACAGUGUUGCUAAGAGCACCAAUUUAUAGGAGAGCGAUAAGUGGUCAGAAUGACAUCAUGCAUGAAGUGAUGGGACCCAAAUUAAACUGGUCAACUGAAGUAUUGGAAACCUUGAUGGAUACGAUUGUCUUCUCCUGCUGUUCUUUAUUUUCUACAAAAUUUAAAAAUUGGUCGUGAUUUUCUUAUCUGUAAAGAAUUUUUGUUUCAUGUUUGUUUGUUUGUUUGUUUGUUUGUUUGUUUGUUUUACUUUCCCACUGAGUUUGUGAAGCUCAUGAGUUACUUUCUUGUAUCUGUCUUGUCACUGACGUAGUGGAAAAUGAGGCUCUGCUGUAAGUGGACGCGUUGAACUGAGUGUUGCAAACGUCUUGGUUAAGAUGUUUGUUAUGUUUUCUUAAUAAAUUAAUUGAACUCUA